AAAGCAGGAAGCCCUGUGUUGCUCUGCAAAGUAUGUGGUGAUACCAGCAGCGGGAAGCAUUAUGGCAUCUAUGCUUGCAAUGGAUGCAGCGGUUUCUUCAAACGCAGUGUCCGACGGAAGCUCGUUUAUAGGUGCCAGGUUGGCAGUGGAAUGUGCCCUGUGGACAAAGCGCACCGAAACCAGUGCCAAGCUUGUCGCUUGAAGAAAUGUCUCCAGGCGGGCAUGAAUAAAGAUGCGGUUCAGAACGAACGCCAGCCCCGCAGCACGGCUCACGUGCACCUCGACGCCACGGACCUGCAUGCGGAACAGCAGCCAGAACAUGUGGCCGCCACCCAGGGAGCUCUCCCCUCACCCCACCCUUCCCUGCAGAGCCACAGGGCUCCCCCCGGUUGCUCUGUAAGUGGGGUGUUGCGGGCCCAAGCGCUGACUCCUCCCAACAACCACCGUUUCAUGGCCAGCCUGAUGACGGCGGAAACCUGUGCCAAGCUGGAGCCAGAGGAUGCAGAGGAAAACAUCGACGUGACCAGUAAUGAGCCAGAACACGUGGGACAAGAAGGUCCCCAGUCCCCACACACAGCCGCUGGCCCCGAAAGUGUUUAUGAGAUCUCUGCCCGGCUCCUCUUCAUGGCUGUGAAAUGGGCAAAAAACCUUCCUGUUUUCUCAAACCUACCUUUUCGUGAUCAGGUGAUUUUGCUGGAAGAAGCUUGGAGUGAAUUGUUCCUGCUUUGUGCCAUCCAGUGGUCUUUGCCUCUGGAAACCUGCCCCCUCCUCUCUUUGUCAGAGCUGACCUCCACUUUCCACGCCAAGGCGGUGUCCGGAGGAACGGACAUCUGUGCGCUGCAAGAAAUAAUCGCACGCUUCAAAACACUGGCUGUGGAUCCCACUGAAUUUGCCUGCAUGAAGGCAAUUGUCCUUUUUAAACCAGAAACAAGAGGACUGAAGGAUCCAGACCAGGUAGAAAAUUUGCAGGAUCAGUCGCAGGUGAUGCUGGGACAACAUAUUCAUAUGCAUUAUCCUAGUCAGCCAGUCAGGUUUGGAAAAUUACUACUGCUGCUCCCUUCGCUGAAAUUCAUUUCUUCGGAGCGCAUCGAGCUUCUCUUUUUCCGCAGAACCAUUGGGAACACCCCCAUGGAGAAGCUGCUGUGUGACAUGUUCAAAAAUUAA